GAUGUAAGCUCCGCCAAUGGGAAGAGCGUUUCCAGGAGGGGGCAUCCAAGCGGUGACGCCAUACGCCAUGGAGAAAAUUUUUUGUUGUCUGCGGGCUUGAGCUGCAGGAAAAUGUCCGCCAUUACCAGUUUUCGUUAAUGCUCGUGUUACGAAACGGCGAGUAAAAGUGCAAUUCGGUGCUGUGAUAGUUAAGGAGGCCAGGAUGGUGUUCGACCCGUGGCGGCGUCUGCGGAAUCCCAGGCCUGGCCACUGAGACGUCAUUCGAUAUGCGGCGCUGCUUUGUGGUGCGCUUCGUCGUUCGGAGCUGGACGGCAACAUAACUGCGGUCGUCCGAAGGGACGUGUCUGUCACGUGGUUGGCGGAUUUCUUUGUUUGCCCCGCUGAAUGGAGCCGAGUUAAAGCCCGCUCGGGCACCUGGAUGCGGGAAGCCACUGGAUACCCGCGUUCGACCGGCCGCGUCCCCGGCCCUUGAGCGUGCAAGCGAUCCGGAACAACGAGUGAGUCUGCCCCGAGAAGAAAGCGGUCUGUUGUGUCGCGCUGGAACACGGGUUCCCGUCCGAACCUCGCGUCGCGUCACGUGUUGUUUUCGUCGGGGUCCGGCGUCCGCGGGUGGUGUUCGGCUUGGACGGUCUCUCGGCGGUGUUCCUCGCAGGGCCGCGGUGCCCGCUCGGGGCGGGGGCAGAGCGCCCGCGGCGGGGUGCUCCCUCGGGGAGGGCUCAGGAAAUUGAUCGCGCCGAGACCUCGGACCUGCUCGUCGUCGUGCGCGUGCCGAUGGGAUCGCGUGCAUGUUGUCGCCGGUGCCCUUCAGGAUAUGUUGCAUAGCAGCGAUGGCCCCGGCCUUGACGGAAGCGGCUAGUCAGGCAGAGAGUUUCAGCUUGCCGCACUCCCCGGCCUCCUCGAGCGUGUGCAGCAGCAACCCGGCCUCGCCGCCCGUCGAGCGGCUCGUCAACGGCAGGACGCUGCUUUCGCGCAAGUUUCGGGACCACCGGCUCCUGUGGGACGGUGCCAGCCUCGCGGCCUUCGCCAAUGUCAAGCUGCUCAGGCUGCGCGAGCAGGGGGCCCCGCCCGAUGCCCACAUGAACGGUCAGGCGCACGCUGCCGCCAUGGGGCUCACAAACGGCAGCGCCCACAUGCAGCCGGCGGACAGGUCGUGGCCGGGGCCCGCGCACAGGCCCAAGCCGCGCCUCGCCUCGCCCCGCGGGGUUCCGGCUCCGCCGCCGCCGCCGAGGGUGCCCCGGCACGACCCCCUGGACGGCUUCGACCCGCCGACGGGCCAGGCAUCGGUGCUCGAGCUGCUCGACCGAGCCCGGACGCGAAGAAACUCGCUGGAGCGCCGCUCGGAGCGGCUGCACCGACGCAUUCGCAAACUGCAGUUGCGACAAGCGGUCCAGCACGCGUCCGGCCAGAUGUCGGCCUUCUUCGAGCACCAGCAGACGACUCUGGGGCUGCCGUGCCUGAUGCCGCAACGGUUGCUGCACCGCAAGCUGCGCGACAACGCGGACCUCAAGGCGGAGCUGCUGCUGCAGAGCGAAGAUGUGAAAAGCCUGUCCACGGCCGCCCUCGUCAGCCUGGUGCGCAAGCUGGAAGAGUCAAGCUCGCACGGCGGCCAAGCAGCCCCGCAGGGCCACCAGCAGCAGCCGCCGGACCUGAGGCUGACCGAAGAGGACCGUCUGGAGAGCGAGCGGGUCGCCGGCACGCUGCGCUCGACGCUGGCCCACCAGGAGCGCGCCGUCGACUCGGACGCGACCGAGAGCAGCUCGGGCGGUGAGAGUGGCGACGAGCUCGAUUCGUGGGACCAGCGCGCCGGCGUCUCCGUCGCGGCCUCGGACGCCUCCCUCGCCGCCCUGGCACCGACCAACACGACCACGGCGGCGACGACCACCACGGCAGCGACGACUCCCGGGGGAGUGCCGGCGCCCCGAAAGUCUUCCAUCCGGCAGAGCGGAGCAUGGCGCUGGGCGCUGGAGCGGGCAGCCGUGGCGUCCCGCUGGACCUGGCUGCAGGCGCAGGUGGCCGACCUCGAGUUCCGCAUCCGACAACAGAGCGACCUGUGCCGACAGCUGCGCAGGGCCAAGGGCCCGCUAAGGCUCGAAGGGGCCGACGGAGACUCCAGCACGGAUACCACGACGACGCUUCCCCAGGACACCACGACGGCCCACUGCGAGCACGACUCGACCGGAGAACUGUGCGCGUGCAAGGGUCCGACGACUUCGACGGCGCCCGCCAAGCCGAACGGCCUGGUGCUGCCGUCGCCCCAGGACGCCACGUCGGGUACGACGUCGAGCGGUGGCGGCUGCGUGCGGACACGGGGGCUGGCCCCGGGCUUCCGCAAGCGGAAGGUGGUGCUGGCGGCCUCCGCGCUCGCGUCUGCGCGCAAGUCGGCGCGGCUCUCGGCUACGGUGCAGUGCUCGUGUCGGUCUGUGUGCGGCCCGUCGUCGCCCGCGGGCUGGGGUGCCGCCUCGUCGGCCCUGCCCGGGCUGCUGCAAGGGCCGCCCGAGUCGUCGGCCUGUGCGGCGGGGCAAGGCCUCGGCGCGCCGUCGUGCUUCGGGGAGCCGUCGGCCGCGUACCCGCCGCUGUCGCCGUGCCUGGUGUGCGCGGGCCGCUACAACAGUGUGCGACCGCUGGACGCCGACCUCAUGACUCGGCAGGAGAGGGCAGCCCUGCUCGACCCCGGAUUCCAUCCCGUGCUCUCCUUCCGCUCCGAUAUACCACAGAACCUGCACUUCGAGAUGCUGCUCCGGACAGGGGAGCUUCAAAAACUGGCACUAAGAGCAUCAGCCACAUUGAGGAAGAAGUCUCGCUUGGCCCAGGUCUCUGGCUUGACGGUAGACCAGGCCAGAAAAAAGAGCCGGAAACUUGCCCGCAAUGCUGCACAAACCCUUUUAUCAUCAGCAAAAAUGAGGCGGCACCACGGGGAGAAGAAGAGGCCGUACCGACGACACAUGGAUGGAGAGGUGACCAUCGACGAGACCUGCGUCGACGACCACUUCAGGCGAUCGGACGGCUCCUAUUCCCUCAUGUCGAUGAAGCAGCGAGAUCGUCAGCGGACCAUGUCAACUGCCUCCAGCGGCAGCUCCAAGGCUGCCUCUCCCGUGCCCUCCCCUGCGCCUUCCCUGGGGGAUUCUUCCAACUCGCAGCUCCCAGGUGGAGCCCAGAACAGGUCCAUCCUCCAGGAGGUACUCCGAAGACGCCGAGGAGAGAAUGCCUUCGACAUCAACAACAUUGUGAUCCCCUACAGCAUUGCGUCGGCCACUCGGGUGGAGCGACUUCCCUACAAGGAGAUCCUCACCCCGAAGUGGCGAGUCUUGUCAGAAGAGGAACUGAAUGGAACACAGCAAGAGCCUUCAGAAGUGAAAGAGGAGGCAGAAGACAUUGCAGACGAGACCUUCCAGGAGAGACACCGCGUCUGCGAAGAGGAGGAGCGGAAGCGCUUUGCGGGUCUGCUCUCGAAAGCUGCCCUGGGAGCGGCCAAGGCUGCCCAGGCUCACCAGUCGCACCAGCCUGAGCCGCAUCCGGACCACCAACAGCAGCCGGAGUCGUUGCAGCAGCCGCAGCAGCCACCUCUGUCUCAGCACGUGUUUCACCAGCCUCUGCUGCAGUAUCCUCAGCAACAACACCUUCUGCACCAGCACGCCUUGUCCCGAAUGGCGGCAGGGAGCAUGCGCUUUCACGGGGGACCCGGCAGCCUGGACCCCUACGACGGGGACGUGCCCCCCCUGUCCCCACCUUCGGCCUGGGCCCAGCUCGGGUCCUGGGCCUUCUGCUGUGACAUGGAGCCCUACGAACCCCGCUCGUUCCCCCUGGCGGAUGCAGAGUUCGAGGCCAUGCUGGCCAACUCUCCGCACCUGCUCCCCACGCCCCCCGCGUCUCCCGCAAGGGAGGCGGGGUCCGAGUCGGAGUCCGCGGAGCUGACGGCGGAGACCACUGCAGAGACCACUGCAGAGACCGCUGCAGAGACCGCUGCAGAGACCACUGCAGAGACCGCUGCAGAGACCGCUGCAGAGACCGCUGCAGAAACCACGGCGGAGACCACAACGGAGACGACGGUAGCGGCGGAACCGGACUCUCCGAUGUCGUCUCAAUCGAGCGUCCCCCUGGUCGCAGACGAUCCUGACGAUCCGGAGUGGACUGUGGUGGCUUCGGAGAGGAAGCAAAACUUGGUUUUGAAGUUGACCAAGAGAUAGACCAAAGCGAGAGAUCGGAGGUAUAUAGGAAUGGCUGCACCGUCCUCACGAGGGCGCUAUUUGCGGCUCCCUGCCUCAGUUGGACCUGCUUACGAUGCCGGCGGGUGUGCUGGUGUUCGGGAAGCGAGGCCUCUGCGGAACUUUGCGGAGACUCGCAAUAAGCUCCACGGGGGAUGUGUUCGUUUGCGUCGGAUGGCGCCUCCCGAAAGAGUGUCGUGGAGUCGGCUGCGGGUCUCUGGCAGGGUCUGGCUUCUCGGACGGCGGUGCCUGGCCAUUCGAGCGAGGAGGACUCGAAGACUUCUUCACGAAGCGAGUUGCAGUCGGCGUCGGACUGCCACAGAAAGUGUGGGAGUGCCACGACCGAAAGACGCACUCGAAGAAGUGAACGUUUCAAAGUGGGCCGACGGGGCCGCAUCUUCGAGGGCGAGGCGAGCGCACGAGUGCCGGGCACGUUCUGGAGGGGACUCCCUCGGCUUGUUUUUGUUGUGUUGUACCUUUGGUUUUUGUUCAGUGUGUGUGUAUGUGAUGUACAUAUAUAAUAUAUAUACACACAUUCAUUGCGUUGUACCAUAGUCUUGUUUGCUUUUGUCCUAGAGCAGUCUCUGGGGGCCUUUUCUUUUUGCCAAGUUUUUGCUCUUGGAUUUCACAUGGAUGUUUGGAAGUGUGGCAAGUGUGUGAUAGAAUUUGUACGCUGGGUUUGGAAAGACUCCAGAAGCAUCAAUAGGUCACCCAGAGCACUGCAAUCAAGUUUGCCCACUGCAGUAUGAAAGUUUGUUUCAUAUCAUUUUAAUGGUCAUAGUAAACAAAAAGCCAAAUAAAAAAAAAUAAAAAAAUUGAUAGGGCCUUUGUUUUUUAUUACUUUGGUAAAUAAAUAUAUUCUGCGAGGCAACUCUUGCCUUAGUCUCGGACCAGAGCCAGACCUGUCUCGUUGAUCUUGUGUCGACAAUAGAAUGCCCGUUAGUGGCAGCAGAAGUAAACUUGCAUUGUAUUGUUUGCUGACGGUGAAGAAUAAUGCAAAACAACCCAAAAUCACUGCUACUGUGUCCUAUUCUGGGAUAUGUACAUAGUUGGCUAGGAAAUCUUUAUUGGGGUUUGAAGACAUUGCUAGUCAAACUCAGUUUGGGGAAGUUGCUAGCCUUCGAAGAAAAGGGAUAAAUAACAAAAACUGUAUUGUACACCUCAAAGAAGCCUCACGUUUCUGCUGCAAAAUUGACUGAUGUGUGCUAGUUCAAGCAGAAUGAAUGGUCUAAAUAAAACGGUUGCUUCACGGAGUUCACAGGAGUUGUAUAAAGCAAAAUGUUCGCUCGUGGACAUUUUUCUCAGGUGUGCAUAUGCUAUUGAAGUUCUUGUACAUUUGCACAGCCUUUGGCCCAUACUUUAGGGGUCUAGGCGGAAGUUCCACAGUUAGGAAUACUUUUGAUUCAUCCCAGGUUUGUGGAAAAUGUGUAAAAAAAUCCCUACCUUGAGUUGUUGAUUGCUUUCAGGAUAUUAUUAAACAUUCUGAAAAUGUCUGUAAAAUAGCACCUUUUGUUGUUUAUCUAGGUUGCAGUGGACGCAUCGCAAUUAUGCUUACUUUCGUGUGACUUUUUUUUUAGUGACUUCAAGAUCCUUUGGAGUUUGUACUUUGCUGAUAUUCAGCCUUGAACCAGUUGGACCUAAUCCAAGUCGUAGGUCGUUUAUAGAUUGGACAUAGUACAAAAGUAGCAAGCCACCUUUUGUAAUGCUGAAUUUCUCCCUUUCCCUCCUAAUGAUAAUGACGAAAUAAAGAUUGCUGCCGCUGGCGGGAACACGGUGA